AUAUUCAAAGAUAGGGCGCUCUACGUCAGAGGCGCCACAAGUUUACCACUGUUAUUUUCUCGGUUCCGAUACUAUAGUAUGAAUUUUUGUAUCGCGCAAGUUAACACAUAACUUCAUUUUCACCUUUCGGUAGUGGGCAGUGGUCUCUGAGCUAUAGAGGUCACUGGUACUGGGUUAAAUGAAUCGAUGUGACGUGACGCUGCGCUACUGUCGUUUGAAGUGACAACCACUGUUAGCUGGGCUUAAAGUCUUCUCCACUGAUGACAGUACGGCAACUUACAUGCUAGUGUACUUAUGUUGCCCUUAAAGUUUUCGGCUACAUCUGAGAUUAUCAGUGGUCGUUAGAGUUGAGAUUCCAUUCCGUUAAAGGUCUGUUUGAAUGUCGCUAUUUUCAGUGUAACGUUGAAUGUUUUGAUGUACCCUUCACGUCGAGUGUAAAUCGACCUAAAUAGUCCACCUGCUAGAAUAGUCCUUCACUGUAUAGUCUUCACUAAUGCUGAAGAUCUUUGUAUUGAGGCAAAGUGCCCUCAUAUUGUUCAAAAUGUAAAUAUGUGUGUUGACGUGCGAAAAUCGUUGCAAAUAAUAACUUAUAAAAUGUAACAAAAACAAAUUAUUAACUUCUUCUGUCGCCUGCUGCUUGGCGUGUUAAAAAAUAACAGUGCAGAAUCAUAUGGAAACUGACUAAUUCUCAUUUUAAAAACUGAAUUAUAGUGCUGUAAAUAUGACUUCAGUUUUUCGGAAACUCGCUGCUGUUAAGAUAAAAAAUGGGACAUUUAAUAAAGUUGGCGUUCAGAAAGUCAGCACGUGGUCACCCCUUGCUACAGCUUUCAACAGUAGACCAGCAAGAAAAUUAAACUUCAGCAUUUCACAAGAUGAUGUGGGUCUGUUUGGACUGCCAGAACUACGAACCUAUGACGGGUUUUAUUCCAUGAAAGAGAAUGCUGUUUUGGAAACAGACAAACUAAUAGCUGAGUCAUGUGAUCCAAACAGGUCACGAAAGAUGGUUGAAGUUUUUGACGAACUGUCAGAUACGUUGUGCAAAGUCGCAGAUCUGGCUGAGUUCAUUAGAAUUGCUCAUCCAAAAGCAGCAUACUCACAAGCAGCAGAAGAUGCAUGUGUUAGCAUCAGUGGAAUAGUUGAAAACCGUUCGCAGUACCAGCACAGCAAGGCUGUUUUGGUUAGUGUUACAAGGCCAAAUCAGUCAAUCAUGCAGACUGUUACCCCUGCAACUACUGAAAAGGCUGCUGCCCCUCUUCAGGAACCACACGUUUGUCUGGCCUCUCAACAGAUACCCCUCCGUUGUGGUUACACCUACGUUAUGGCUACCUGUAUCGCUGAGGCACCCGAGCCUCCCCACCGACGGCAAGGUCCAUGGUUAAACACCCACCGAGAACUGUAUUCAGCUCUAAGAAAUGUUGCAGAAAACAAGGAUAAAUUUGAAACUACGCCAGUGGAUGAACAUGUAGCACAACUGUUCCUCUUUGACUUUGAGCAGUGUGGUAUACACCUUCCAGAAAGUGACCGGUGUCGUGUUGUGGAGCUCAAUGACUAUAUUCUGCAACUCGGCCAGAGAUUUAUGGCUGGUGCUGUAAGCCCCCGUGCUAUUCCGAAAGAAGUUCUGCCAAAGAACAUCAGACAUUUAUUCACUAUCGAUGGUGACCAGGUGCUAGUGACUGGUCUUUAUGCUGACUCUCCAAAUGCAGCUGCACGUGAGGCAGCAUACAGGAUAUUUCUUUAUCCAGAUGGACACCAAGAAUAUUUACUGGAAGAAAUGUUGAAGGCUCGACAUGAACUUGCCAAACUUUGUGGAUUUCCAACAUACAGCCAUAGGGCCCUUAAAGCUAGCAUUGUUGAAAUGCCCAGUGUUGUAAAUGAGUUUUUGGACAUUUUAACUGAACAGUUGUGGGAUAGAGCAGCAGCUGAUUUCCAUACUAUGAUGAGAAUGAAAUGUGAAGAAGAUCCUCUGUCACAACAAAAUUUAGCUCCAUGGGACACUCCAUAUUUUACCCAGAAAGUGAAACGUGAUUGGCUCCAGGUUGGAAGCUCAGAAUUUUCACCAUAUCUUUCCCUGGGAGCAUGUAUGGAGGGUCUGAAUACAUUGACGAAUAGUCUUUAUAACAUUAGCUUAGUGAAUGAUGAAGUACGUCCAGGAGAAGUUUGGUCUCCUGAUGUCUACAAGCUUGCAGUGGUACACAAAGAUGAAGGACUUCUGGGACAUAUAUAUUGUGACUUUUAUGAAAGACCAGGAAAACCAAAUCAGGACUGCCAUUUCACUAUUCGAGGUGGAAAGGAGUUACCUGAUGGAUCUUACCAGAAUCCUGUUGUUGUACUGAUGCUGAACUUACCUACUCCACGAUGGUCAAGCCCCAGCUUGUUGACACCUAGCAUGGUUGAUAAUUUGUUCCAUGAGAUGGGACAUGCCAUGCACUCAAUGCUUGCUCGUACAAAGUAUCAGCACGUUACUGGAACUCGCUGCAGUACUGACUUUGCUGAAGUUCCUUCUGUAUUGAUGGAAUAUUUUGCUGCAGAUCCUAGGGUUGUACAGACUUUUGCCAGACAUUUUCAGACUCAAGAGAAAAUGCCAGAAGACAUGCUCAUUCGUUUAUGUGCAUCAAAGCAUUUGUUUGCUGCAUCAGAAAUGCAAUUACAAGUGUUUUAUUCAGCACUUGACCAAUGCUAUCACAGUCACCACCCAUUGCAGGGCUCAACAACAGAUGUUCUAGCACAGCUUCAAAAUAAAUACUAUGGAAUCCCAUGUGUUGCCAAUACAGCAUGGCAGUUACGAUUUUCUCACCUGGUUGGCUACGGUGCUAAGUAUUACUCGUAUCUACUGUCAAGAGCAUUGGCCUCCUGGAUAUGGCAGGAAUACUUCGAGGCAAAUCCUUUAAGUUCAUCUGCAGGUGAAAAAUAUAGGCGUGAAUGCUUGGCACACGGAGGAGGAAAGCCAGCAAAAGAGCUUGUAUCCCAGUUUCUGCAAAGAGAUGUGACACCAGUGAACCUUGCACACAGUCUUAUUACUGAAAUAGACAAUAAGAGAGAGCAUAUAAAUAAUGUAAAAAGAACAUCUUCCUGUCAAGCUUAAAGUGUUAUAUUGUACAGAACUGUAAAUUUAUAAAUAUUGCGAUUGUUUAUUUAUUAAAAUAUAAUUUUCUUGUUAA